UUGUAUUACGUCUGUGACUUGACAACAGUCAAUGUUUCACCUGAGUGAAACAGGUGUUUCUGUUAUUAUUAUAUUUUAACACGUAGCGAUCUAACAAAAUAUUAAUUAAAUAAAGUUUUGAAACUUUAUAUGACAAUUACAUUGCAUUUAACUUAAAAAAAAUAUGUGUAAACUGUAAAUUAGUUACUAUUGUUAAUUCGCUAAAGUGUGAAGUGUGACAAAACAGUAAACUUUCUCAGCUUAUCAAUUUCGCGGUUCUAAACGGUGGCAAUUUGUUCAAAAUGAGUUGAACAAACUUUCGUGCGGUCGUUGUGUGCAGUGUUGUGGUAAAAGUGCUGUGAAAAACUAUAAAAAUGACAACAGACAGAUUUCAUAAAGCGGCCAAAGAUGGUCUGCUGGAGGUGUUGCGCGAGGCGACCCGUAAGGAGUGCAACAAUAAGGAUGAGUCUGGCAUGACGCCGACACUCUGGGCUGCCUUCGAGGGACAUAUCGACGCACUCCGACUUUUGUGUGGAAGAGGUGGAGAUCCAGACAAAGCCGAUUACUUCGGUAACACAGCCCUCCACCUCGCUGCCGCGCGUGGCCACAAAGAAUGCGUCACCUUCCUCAUCAAUUUCGGAGCCAAUGUGUUCGCCAUGGACGUGGACGGUCACACCGCUCAGGAGUUAGCAGCCAUCAAUGAACGAAACGAUAUACUGCGGUACUUAGAUCAGGCUACUGCGAAAUUGGAGAAUAAUGACAAGAAAAAAGCGAAAUCUCUAAAGGAGAAAGCGAAGAAAGACUAUGAGAAAUCCCACAAACAGUACCAGAAACGGCAGAGUAAGGCCGAGCUGAUGGCUGAGAAGGAGCUGAAGAAACUGGCCAAGGAGUGGGACCAGGGGUAUGCUGAGGAGGUUACCACCAUGCCACAUAGGCCCAGCAACGUGCUGUGGGCCCUAAAGCAGAAGAUGACCAGGUCUACUAGCCAUGGCAAUCUCCUAGCCGACGACCAACCUCGGCCAACAUACAGCGCGCUGGUAGGCACCGUCAACUCCGGCGCAAGGGGGCGGGGCGCAGUGUACAAGAAGGCACUCGCUAGCAAGCUGAGGAACAACACUAUUGGGAAAAAUAAUAAUGUCAACACUGAUGAUUUUAAGGUCGGAGAGAUAGAAACGACAGGCCGUAGAUCAGUGACGUCACUGAGUGGUGUCCGUCGCGACUCAGAAGUGAUGUACGUGGGUACGUUCGGCGCCGGGCCGCAGCAGAGAGGCAACGUGUCCGACGUCUUCGCUGAACAACCGCCCGAGCCCACCGCGCCUAAGAAAUCUCUUACAAGGUCUGCAAGUCAGCCAGACUUUGCUUUGCUGAACGAAGACAGCGGCAUUGGACAAGAGGUGAUGUUGCAGGAGCCGGCCAGUAUAUUCGAGAGACCCGGGUUUGGCAGUGUGGCCUUCAGACGUUCAAUAACGGCGACGCUGAGCGCGUUCGGCAGUGGGGCGCCUGGCGAGGACCUGUCUAUAGGCUCUGCCGGCUCUCUGGCUGCCAGACACGCGUACCAACCAGCUGAGUGGACUUCUGCACAGUCAGAAAGCUCAACCAUCACAUCAGAUGAAGAACCAGAAGCUGAAGAAUCAGGUUACGCAUCGUUGGAGAGGUUCCUAGCAGCGUUCGGCCUCUCCCAAUACGUGCAGAAGUUCAAAGACGAACAAAUAGACCUUGAUGCCCUCAUGAUACUAACGGAAAGUGACCUUAAGUCCUUAGGCCUCCCUCUAGGACCCUACAGAAAACUCGUGACCGCAAUCCAAGAGAGAAAACAGGCCUUAUCACACCCCGGACCUAUUAUAGAUACGGCUUUAUAAACAGCAAUUUUUCUGGUUUGAAAUAGUUUACGCAAUGUUUUUGUCAAUGCAAGAUGGCGCCACUUAUGAGUUAAGUCCUGUCAGUAAAAUGAAUGUUUGAAUGUUUACUUGCCAUUUUGAUGAAAUUGAGCAUAUUUUGUGUUUUAUAAAGUAAGUAUGGAACCAACAGUUAGUAGAAAAUUACACAAUAACUUCUCGUUAAAUAAACGAAUUUCACAUUUGAUACGAUGACGUCUACUGUAGUUGUACUACCGCCACUCAUUUCGACCCAAAGCCGAAAAGAAUGGAAUAAAAUGUCGUGAGUGCUCAAUUUUUAUGUAAUUGUGAUGUAAGGCAUUGCGCAGUUAGUGACACAUCUUCGUGCACAGAUUUUACGUUUGUUUUGAUGAAAAAAUGAUCACCUUUGCUACUUUCAGUGUGAAGCAGGUCUUUCCUAAGAGUUUUAAUAGCAAUUAGCACUAGUACGAUAAAGGUAAGAUUUCGUGAAUAGACCGUUUUAGGUUAAGACUUCCAGUGUGCUCUUGAUUAAUAAAUAUUAUGUAUUUUAUGUAUAACUUUCCUUUUAUUGCUAAUAUAUAAAAUUGUUAUAAUAUAAUUUUACACUAAUUCUUUCCAUGAUACCUAUGUAAAAAUGUUGGCAUUUUAUACGAGUAUAUAUUUUUUUGUAGUUGUCUUAUAUAUUAUCACGUUUUUUCAUAAAAAUAUAACGAAAUGUACUUAAUGGAAUACUUUGUAUUGUAAGUGCCUCAUGUCAAUGUAAUGUGAUAAAAGUUCGAGAUCAUUCCAUCCAGUGUAACGUCCAAUCGCCAUAAUUAUAUUAUAAAUAUUUUUGUACAGUUUUUUCAAUAUACAUUUGUAUGAAUGA